CCUUAGCUGAUAAUUUGCCUGUUUUUCAGGUGAUAAGGUGUCUAUUUCUCUGUGUUAUUGUACCGGAGCUCAAGGAUGUCUGCUGUGAUACACUGGGUACAAAAACAUGAGGAGGUUGAUUCUGGGGACCUGGGAAGCUAUUUAUUACACAGUAUCCAGGAAUCCUAUUACAAGAGUGGGUUGGAGAAAUGUUACACUCUUUGUAUUCUUAAGUUGGCUAAACCUAUGAAGUAAGAAUUCCAUGCACUUGAGUGUCUAGUGUUGCCUACUCUGCGCCAGGGUGAGUUGAUUUAACUCAGCUUCUGAAGACAACCUUGAACCUACAAAAUGACAAGAUCGGUGAACUGGUGGAGGAACAGCCGCACUUUGUUGCUUUGGGUGUCUCUGAUUAUCCGUUUUAAUGGUUCUAGCACCUCUAUGUAUUUUCAAAACCAGGAACCCUCACACACUGAACCCCUGAAUGACCAGAGGGACACUGACUGGUAUUUGACAUUUUUACGUUCCAAACCAGUUACUUCUUCUGAGCCAGUCCGACCUUACUUGCUUUCGUUAAACGUGGAGGACUACCAUUACACACCAAAACCAAAACACCUUCGCCCACGCCGGCUCCUACGCGUUUUGGGUUCGUCUUUUGAUCCGUUCUGGAUGUCAAUUCAGCGUCCCUCUGAAGAGGGGGUCUGGGCGUUGGCGGGGGGAAAUGAUGUGGCCAAGUCUGGGCAAACUAGAUCUCAUGGACAUGUUCCAAAUGCGUCCUUACCGAACUACACUGUAAACAAGGUGUUCAACUUAAGCGCGUCUCCAGAACUGACCGAGGGCGCAGCGCGGUAUCAACGCAAACUUGAAAAGGAAACCGAGGAUUUGGAUUUGAGCUCACUGCCCUUAAAUGUUGUUAGUUCAGUCCGAAACUGGUUAGUCAGUUACGCCACCUGUGGCUUGCGCUACAAGUGGGUUGAUAUGGGUCCAGUAUUUUGGCCACGCUGGCUUCGCCACACUGACUGUGAAAUGCCAGGUGCAUCCCAAAGUUGCUCUUUCCCCAGCGGCAUGGUAUGCCGACGGGCACAAGUUACUCAUCUUAAAAUCCUUGCCUUCCAUUGCACGGAACACGAGGAUGAAGACGGCGUUGGGUUGAAGGGGAUUGCGGGGUCCGACAGGGUCAUUGUGGUGGGAUCAGGGCCUUCAGGCAAAAAGUGCAUGUGGAGGCAGGUGCCUUACCCAGUUGUUACCGCGUGUAAAUGUUCAUGCAAAGAAUUUCUUUGAUUUUCCAAUUUUGUUUUUUGAUUGAAAAACAAUUUCAUGUAAGCCUAGUCUUUCUAUGUGACUUCCUGUGAAAUUACUAUUGACUUAGUAAUAAGUAAAAUACAGGUUGUAAUCAAUUUGUUUAUUACCAUCCUAAGUGAUAAUUGUAGGCUAUUCCAAGUGUUAGUUUUAAGGCUAUCAACAAAAAAAAGUUUGUUAUUUCAACAAUGAGUGUUGGUAAUGUUUUUUGGGGGGCUUUGUUUGAAGUGUUUAAUUGACAAGAUUUUACAAAAGCUCUCCCGAGGCUGGUAGGCACAUUUUGUUGCUUGAUAACGUGCUCCACCUAGUGUAGCCUAGGCAGGCUACCAGAAAUGUGCUCAUCCUCACAUUUAACUAUUCCGCUCUGUUCAAAUGUUAGUAAAAAUAUUGAAUAACAACGUUUAUAACAACGGCUAAUAAAUAAGCAUGAUCCUUUAAGUCCAGUUCAUAACAACAACUGCAUCUGCAACACAAGCACCCUAACACAAAGUUCCUCUAAUUAAAAUGCUGUUUUACAUUCAGCGUCUU